AUGGGAGGGAAGACUGUUAGAUUGGAAGUUGCCACUCCCAAAGACGCUGAUCUCAUGUUCGAGUUGGCAAUGGUCGCGUUUGCACCGGAUGAGCCGACCAGUGGAGCGCUUGGUUAGUUGUGAUAGGAUCUCUUUUCAAAAGACUAGUGAUUUAUCGGCAGUUCUCAUUAAAUUCCGAUUUCAGCCAACCCCCGAGAAGAAGUUGGGGAUGCUUAUCGAGAGGCUUUUGCGGAUUACCUCCAAUAUCCCUACAGUAUCAUAGCGUUCGAUGGGGACAAGCCGAUCGCAUAUUAUGCCAACAAAGCCCUGGAUGUGAAGGAUUUGAAGGAGAAAGAGGAAAUCGAUGUGAUUGAGGAGAAGAAUGGAAACGUAAUUGGGAGACCGAAAAAGGAUCUCGGACCUGGUAAGUGUAGGGAAACGAUCCUAAAAACUUACAGGGGAAGUACUCCAAGUGCGACGCUCAGAUUUUGACGAAACUUGGCACAAAUUUAGAAUAAUUUUUUCUAAGAUAUAUGCGAGAAUCCUAGCUCGCGCUUUGCAGAAACAACCGAAAUUUUUAGAUCGAAAGUCGGCGAAAAUUUAGAACUUUUUGCCGAAUUCCGCACAAAAAGUUUCAUGCCUAUUUCUACCGUAAAGAAUAAUGUUUCUAUAAAAAAUCAAAUUUUUCCGCACGAGACUGCCAAAGUUAUGGCCAAAAAGCCUUUUUCUCUCUGACCGCUCUCCACGUUUAGCGUGCUUUCUCGGCGGCAAAAAAUCGUUCGAUAUAUCGGCGGCGCCCGCAAAGCGCGAACUAAAACUUUCAGGAAUUGAUAUUCAGUCCAUACCCGACGUGUGUGCAAAAUUUAACGAAAAUAUGAGCGUCGCACUUGGAGUACUUCCCCUGUUAGUAGAAUUAAAGAAUUGAGCGUCUUGGAAAAUUUUUGGCGCGUUAUGCAAGGCGUAGUGUACUGUCUUGAUAAUUUCAGAAAUCGACGAAGUCAACAAGACCUUCAAAAGUCGCGAAGGAGCUCGUUUGGUCGCCUUGUUGAAUCAUUUUGACUUGAUGACUCGUAAUUUCAUCCCAAAAGACGCCACCAAGCUCUACCGACAAGGCCAAUUGGGUGUAAUUAGAGAGUACAGACAGUAAGCCAUCUUCUAACCAAACCAUUUUCCUCGCUUACAGACAGCAACUCACCCCCUUCCUCUUCAAGAAACACGCUCAACUUGGAGUCGAAGCCGGAUUCAAAUAUAUUGAUGGUUUGUUUACCGCUAGUGGUACCGAAGCUUACGCGUUGAAUGCUGGGAUGAAACACACCUUGGAAGUUCCUUAUAAGGAGUUUAUGGAUCAUGGAGAACGCAUUUACAAGAAGCCGAUCGGCGAUGGAAAAGAGAGAUUGACCUAUAUGAUUGGACAUGUCGAGGAAAUGGCCAGAUACAAAGUCGAAGUUCCAGGAUACGGAAUUUUCUAG